AUUUCAGUUUUUUGGCAGUAUUUAAGUAAAUGAACUAUACUGUGUGUGCAAUUAUUUUUUUAAAUGGCACCUUCUAUAUUUUGGACUGUUUAACUGAAUUAAAGCAUCUUUCGGAACAACCAAUUAUUCUGAAAUUACGAUAAAAGAGAUAAAGAAUACACCUUCACCAUUCAUAAAACAAUGGCAACAAGCCUUACCGAGUGAACCAGAAACAAUAAUAAUCAAAAGACAAAACUAUUUAAAUGUAGAUUUCUUGCAACUUAACUGACACCAAGUUCGAACAUUUGCUGUGAAACUUCAUAUAGAGGACUACACUUGAAAACGGAUAGGCCUUUAGGAAAAGUUAAUAUAACAAACUGAAUGGCGAAGAACGGCUGCUUUAUCCGGACAUGUAUCCUCGUAUUUUUGGCAUCAUGUUACUCUAUCGAAUUUUCAUUUGGUGGUGAUGUGAUUGUUGCAACUGUAGGCUUUCCUCCGGCAAUUCUUAUUUCCAGCAUAACGGUGAACGACACAGCUAUCGAUCUUAAACCCAUUCGGUUGUUAGAUUCAAUGUUGGGCACACCUGGUGGCAUUGUUUAUGAUGGAAUCAGUUCAACUAUCUAUUGGAAAGAUGAGAGACUUCGAACAAUCGACAAAUAUUAUCUUGUGGAUGGAACGCAUGAUGUUUUUAUUUCUGAUGUGGACACUAAAAAUAUUUUAAAUAGUAUUAACAUUGAUGUCAUUGAUCGUAAAUUGUACUGGGUGGAUGAUGGCGGCAUCUCUAUUUAUGUCAUCAACCUUAAUGGAACUGGAAGAAUGAGAGUUUUUACCGAUCCUUCAAUCAACAGAUUCAACGAGUUACAGAUAGAUUCAACAAACAGGUAUUUAUACGGGAUUGUUGUUAAUAUGGAUUAUCGUGUCAAAAUCGAACGCAUUAGCUUAGACGAUCACAGUUUUCGACAAAACAUUAUUGAACCUCGCUACUCACAAGUCUCCGGAAUGUCAAUAUCAGAAAAUGGAAAAUUGUACUGGUAUGAUGGAGGCGACAGCGUUAUUUGGGAAUGUGAUCUAGAUGGAACGAAUUCAAGACAGGUUGCCAAUGACCUUUACAACGUUCUAAGUACACAGGUUUACCGAAAUUACGUGUAUUAUAAUACUGCUUAUAAUGAUGGCAUCGGCCGCGCUAAUAUCGAGACUGGCGACAAGUUUGAAAUGUAUGACAAUGCAGUGCAAGUAAUGUACAUAUACUCUGGAGACAGUUGUAACAUCGACUGCAGGAACGGUGCGGUCUGUAUCAAUUCAGUUGAUAACACCCAGUCUUGCUGGUGUCCGACUGGGUUUGUUGGACCAAGGUGCACAACACUUACUGGAUAUUGCAAAUCCUGUGUUUAAAGAUCAGACGAAUACUGGACAGCCCUACAAGUUGUAAUAUAUAUGUCGGACUUUAUAUUACAUUAGAGCUUUGUUGCACUUUGUAAUAGGGUGACAAAUUUAAAAUAAAAUGGAACUGGAAAAAUUUGUUUUAAAUCUAUUGCACAUUGUAAUAAAUUUAUUUACAUCUUUUAUGAGAAUAGUAUGGAUAGAUGAUAAUAUAUUUUCAGAGGGUAAUAUUUAGCAGAAUAUUUGUUUUUUCUUCACAAAGUUUUUUUUAUUUUUUAUUUCUAAAAACAAAAUAAGCCCCGUGCUCCAAAAGUUGGUUAAUUGUACAAAAACAAUCACUCAAUAUAAAAGAAAAAAAAUAGAUAAACCUUCAGAGGUAUUACCACAAUGGAAUUUUUGCCAUUUUUAAAAAAAUUGAUUUUUCUUUUUUCUUCCCUUCUUCUUCCUCUUUCUUUUUUUUCCCUUCAUUUUUUCCUUUUUACACUUUAGAUACUAGAGAAAACAAUCCCCAGACGUUUACGACCUUAUUUUAAGCACAGCAAAACAUUUACCUUUUUAACUUGGUGUAGUGAGGGAGUGCCCCAGGAAACCACAACAGAACACAUAACAAUCACCCCCGGGGCAAAUACUCCCAAUCUGAACCCGCCCGCCAAUCCUCGGCAUUAAAAAACACAGAGAACCAAAAGCAAGCCAGGACCAAGAGGACUCACCCCAGAAACAACCAACCCACGACCUACCGCAACCCUCCCCCGCACUGCCCCACUCCACCAACUCAAAAAGCCCAACCAUCAUGAUUGUACACCUGUCUCCAUAAAAACAAAGAACACCUCGUUUUUUCCCCCCUUUUUUUCCAUCGUACCUGAACAAUCAUUAUUAUUCGACCUACACAUAAACAAUCCCAUAAAUUUACAACCUUCUUUUAAACCUAAAUUUUACGAAUUCCUUUUCACUUUUUUUUUGUUAAUACAAAUAGAUUAGACCCGGGCAAUUCAGAUAAAAUCAGUUUUAUUUCAUUUAACAGUGAACUUAUACAUAGUAUUUCUCUCCAUGGCAAUAUUUCACUAUUUCAAUAUUUUCAAUAUUUCAUGGCACUUGAAAAAUUAAUUUAAGCACAAUUUUGAAAUAUUGAAAGCCAGCAGAAAAAAAAAAUCCAAUUCUGCUCCUAAAAGGCAAAUCAGAUUUAAGACAAUUAACCCCAAAAAAUAAUUGAUUUGUAAUCUAAUACGAGUUUUUGUUGCAUUGCCUCAUUCCACCAAAUUUGAAAACUUGUCCCUGUUAGUUUCACUCUAUCACAGUUAAACAAAAGAUGUCUCAUUGUUUCGCUGUGCAUUUUACAGAGUGAACUAACAUUAUUCAAAAUUUUCAUUUCAAAAAGUCUUGUACAGUAUUUGUUAUAAGGGAAUUUGUGUUGAUUUUAUACUGAAAAAACCUGGGUAUUUGUAUCUUGACUGCACUUGAAAGGUAAAAAUAGAUGUGAAUCCACACAUUUUCAUAUAUGAUAAAUUUACUACUAUAUUUUAAUUAGCGGUAGGUGGUUCAAUAAAUCUACAAAUAAUUAUCUGAUAUAAUGCUUUUGUUGUCAUUCUUUCCUCCUCAAACAUUUGGAGACCCUUCACUUUACAAUCUUUUCUAUUAAAACCAUGACUCAAAGUCUUCCUCCAGGUGGGUGGAAUUGCAGCAAUCACACUUCUCCAAUUUAAAAAACAAGUCUUUGGUAUGUCUGGCCAGCCAAAAGUCAAAGGAAAAAAUUUCCCCAUUAUCAUUAAAAAGACCACUUACCAAUUCCAUCCCCCUGCAGCAGUGAAACAUAAAGACAGGGUUUACCGUUAAUUUUAAUGUUGAAAUUAUUCCAAAUACAUUAACCUCAUAGGGUUUAGAGUGAGAUCAAAGUAGGAUUUAGCAGAAAAUUGGUUAUUUGAUAAAUUAAGCUUCCAAUUUCUGGAUGUUCAUACUUGUCGGAUUAGGAAACAUGAUGAGAUAGCUUGUAUUUACAGAGAUCAACCACGUGUUUAACUACCUUUAUGGGCUACGUUUGUAGGGAGACUUUUAGUAUGUGUAAAAUAAUUAUUUGAUGAAGAUUAUCUAACAAUAUUCGAAUUUGGAUAACAGUAAGGUCAUAUUUUUAAAUUUUUCCAACAGAUUAACGGUUGAUAGAUUUUUACAGAUAUUACUCCAGUUCAAAUUGUUAUUUAAGGACUUAAUAUUCCAGAGCAGUUGUGAUCUAGGUUAGACAAAUAUUAUCAACAAGUUGAUUUCUAAUGGUUUUUGUAGUAAAUUCCAUUUUGAGAUUUUGUCAUCAAAUAACCUUUUCAUACGUGUUAUUUUAACCGAUGCAAUUACACUUGGGAGAUAAUAAUAUCAGGACCACCCUUACUUUUUGACCAAUCACUGUUAUCCUCUUUUUCCACAGAAAUCUGAAAAGGAGGCUUUCAAUUCUUUUUUGGAAGAACUGUUUUUUUUUUUUAAAGAUCGACUUUCGACGUUUCGAUUGAAAUGUUUCAUGUUUCAUUUGCCAUUAUUCUCCUGUUGACGACUAAAGCAACUCCAAAAAAAAAAAGCACUCUAGACUAACAAUUAUUUUCAUAAUAACUAUCUAUGUGGGCAUUUAUUAUUAUAAGUUUGUUUAAUGUUAUUGCAUCUAUUGUAUCGGUGGAGUACCUGCAUUUUGUAGAAAGAAAGAUGAUCGUAGUAUUCGGUAUGCUUGACAUCAUUGUCACCAAAAUACCAUGUAUUUGCGUUUGGUGGUCGUAGUAUAUGCUUGCCAUCAUUGUCGCCAAAAUGCCAUGUAUUUGCGAUUGUAAAUGUAUAAUAACAUAUAUACUAGUAAAUAAACUCAGCUCAGACA